UUAAUCUGUUUGGAUAGCAGUCCAACUAGAAUAAAACUUGAGAUUAGAGAUUUCGCCAUUUCGGUGUCAUAGCAAGGCAGACGCUCCACUAAACUUAAAAUGAAACGAUGUUGGUCAUUUCCAAUUCUCUCUUACUCUCUCUCUAUCUCUAACUAAUCUCUCCGCUGAAGAAAGGAAGAAGAAUAACACGCGUCUUCUUCUUCUCAUCCGUAGCUUUCUCACCUCUGUCUUAAUCUCUUCUAACUCACACACACAUUUACGGCGCGAUUUUUAAACCAAUUAAAAAAAUUGACGACAUCCUUCUCCCUCUGCUCCCACUGUGAUGCCAUUCUAGGGUUUUGGAUGAAACAAUGGGUCUCGGCACCGACAAGGACGACCACGUCGUCCACGACGGAGACUCCAACCCCUUCCCAUCCGUCUCUUGCUCCAUUUGCCUCGACCCUGUUGCCCGCACCGGCGAUAGAUCCUGGGCCAACCUUCAAUGCGGCCAUCAAUUUCACCUCGAUUGCAUUGGCUCAGCCUUCAAUAUAAAAGGGGCAAUGCAAUGCCCUAAUUGCCGGAAGAUUGAGAAAGGUCAGUGGCUUUAUGGCUCCCGGUCAUAUCCAGAAUUCAGCACAGAUGAUUGGGCACACGAUGAGGAUCUAUAUGAUCUUAGCUACUCUGAAAUGUCCUUUGGAGUUCACUGGUGUCCUUUUGGUAGCCUGACCCGACUUCCUUCUUUUGAUGUGCUAUAUAAAUUCUGUUUCAGUGGAUUCAUUCUCUUCCAAUCGAGUCGAGGAAAUGAUAACUCAUUGUCUUCUUUUCUUUUCAGAGAAGGGGAAUUUUCAUCAACUGCAUAUCAUGAUAUACUGGGACAACAUGCUAUAUUUGCUGAACAUACGGCCGUAUCAUCUGGUAGUCAUCCCUGUCCGUAUAUAGCAUACUUUGGACCAUUACAUCCUUCCCCCUCGAACUCUGGCAGAACUGGUUCAGAAACAUCUAACUUCAGCCACUGGAGUAACCCACCUAUACCUAGUGACAUGCCAACGUCCUAUGCAUUUCCUGCCAUGGAUCUCCAUUAUCACAGUUGGGAACAUCAUUCGCCUCAUUUUUCAUCUGCAAGCAGUCACCUAGGAACUGCAGAUCAUCCCGCAGUAUCACCUGGUAGUCAAAGGCCAGCCAGGGGUAGUUCAGAGGUUCCAAGACCAGGAUCUUUUAUGCAUCCCUUCAUUGUUGGUCAUAGUUCUGGUGCUAGGGCUGGGACAUCAGUUGCAUCUUCAAUGAUACCUCCGUAUCCAGGUAGCAAUGCCCGGGCCCAGGACAGAGUCCAGGCUCUUCAGGCAUACUAUCAACCUCCACAACCUCCUAACUCUACCUCAAUGCGGACGCCUAAUGCCUCUGGCACUAGAAGAUCCAACAGCCAUAGUGGGUCGGUUCAAUUAGCACAAGUUUCCCCAUCAUCGGACCCAAGUGGUGGCUUCUUGUUGAUUCCAUCAGGUUCAUCAGGACGCAAUUUUCCGGAAGAAGUCCAUAUGCCAAGUCGCUUCCAAGCAUGGGAAAGAGAUCAUUUGCCUUCAUUAUCUUUGAACCACGCAGAUAGAGAAUCAAGUUGGAGAGCGUACCACCAGGCUGCCAGCGGAUCAGAACCAAGUAUUAGGUCCAACAGCUUUCGAUUAAGGCACGGAUCAGAAAGAAUGCCUUCACAAAAUCGAUGAUACACUUGUUUUAUGUCCUGUUCCCUCUGAAGCAAACGGCUGUUUAUGGAAAAUCAAAAUUUAUGUAUGCUUUGAGAAUUGUUAUAUAAUGCUUUGGCCUGGCUGGCAUGUUAUGUCAGACUUAUAUAUACUCUGGCUGGCCCUGGAAUUGAUCUUUCUGGCAGCCACGAGGCAGUGUGAUGGACAUUGGCUUCUAGUUUCUUUGCCUUUUGGUGGGCAUCAAAUAAGACGUUAUCUACUAGUUGGAGAGUAUCAGGUUUUUGAAAGUAAUGUUGGGUAUUCUCAUCUCUAAAGUGAAAGAUCAAGUGCAUGAGAGCAGUUGUGGUUGGACUUUUAGCCGGUAAAUUGUUUGUGUUUGAUAUGGAAAGCUCAUGAAAAUACUUUGCAUUGGCUUAUGUGAUUAUAAUCUGUUCAUCUAUUGUGCUAGAACAGACGCAGGGUACAGAACUUGCUUGAAAACUGAUCAACACGUUCAAUGUUGAUUUA